AUGGUGGUGUGUAUAGAAGAUGAUUGUAACAGUGAGCUGCCUCCAGCCUCUCUGCUGUUCAGAGCAGCCAGACAGUACUGCUAUGGGGUCCUCUUCAGCCUUGCCGAAACACACCGACGCCUCGAGAGACUCGCCAUGCGCAGCAGAGGACCCCUGGAAGGUGAGGGGAAAGAGUUGGGCUAGUGAGAGAUGAAUGAUUUGAGGGGAAAGAGUUGGACUAGUGAGAGAUGAAUGAUUUGAGGGGAAAGAGUUGGACUAGUGAGAGAUGAAUGAUUUCAAUUCCAAUUGAAGCAUUACGUUUUUCCUGUCUGCUUUGUCGAACACGGUCACCUGUCAGCUCGUUGCUGUAUCUUAUUGGUCUAACACGGUCACCUGUCAGCUCGUUGCUGUAUCUUAUUGGUCGAACACGGUCACCUGUCACCUCGUUGCUGUAUCUUGUUGGUCGUUAUUGUAAAAGAGAAUGUGUUCUUCUCAACGUCUCUCUUCCCCCCCACAGUCCCCCCAGUGAUAGUGAAGGAGUGGUCCAGUGGUAAGUCUAAAUCAGCCCUGACCCCGGAGCUGGUUCCAGCGCUGUGCUUCAGAGAGUGGACCUGUCCUAACCUGCGGAGGCUGUGGCUUGGUAGGGCCAGUGAAGAUCGCUCCCGGAGGACCAGAGCGUUCCUAGCCUGUCUCCGCUCCGACUGUCCUGCCCUACUCAACCCUGCUCAGGUUCCACAACACCUUCUGCUCAUGUGCUGCGUGCUCAGGUAA